AUGCCACCUCUUCUAGCCUGUCUAGGAGCUGCAAUUCUAGCAUUCAAUAUUGCUUUCGGGUCUUCCCUCCCCGGCGACUCGUCAUAUGUGGCUGCUGCAGGAUUUCCAACCUCUGCGUUCUCAUCCUACUAUGUUUCCCCUGCCCUGCCAACCAAAGAACCUCAGCCGAUCAUUCAUGACCCAGCGCUCAAUCUCACAUUCCCUCAUGAACUAACCGACCCGGAUGAAAUUCCGGAUAAUCAUGAUGAGGUCUAUUUUCCUGUGCCGCCAACUCAUAUGCCUGCGAAGAAGAGGUAUAAACUAGUCCAGGAAGUCGUGGCCAAUAUAACCUACAUACUCAAGUCGGAAGAUUCGGGCUCAGACAAUAAUUGCACCAGGUGCAAGAGGGCUUUGGCCGUGGCCAAGCCUGCCGCACUGCAUGCCCCAUCGCUCGUUCCAGAUGCCAUGGUCGACCUCUGCAAAUCGUUCAAUUAUCACAACAAUGAGACCUGUGCGCAAUACUUUGCAACUAACACAUUUGGUGCAAUCUGGACGCAGGUGUUGGCACACGCUGAUGUCGAAGGACUGGAUGGUGAAUAUAUAUGCCAUUUUCUCGGCAGGAGCUAUUGCGGUGCACCGAGAACUAGCCCACUCGAUACGAACAAUCUUUUCCCCAAGCCUAAGCCCGUGGAUGCGCAGGCUCCCGAGGCUAGCGGUGAGCGAAUCAAAGUAUUGCAUCUGUCGGACUUCCAUCUCGAUGCGCGAUAUGCCGUCGGCUCUGAAGCGAACUGCACAUCCAACCUCUGCUGUCGGAGUGACAACUUCAAUGAUCUUUCCGAGGAUGAGCCGCUGCUAUCGGCCUCGGCAUAUGGAUCUUUCCUGUGUGAUACCCCAUAUGAUUUGGGCUUGGCCGCUUUGCAGGCUGUCGGCCCUCUGAGUGGAACUGGAAAGGGAAAGGACGACGAGCAUCUCGCGUGGACGCUUUAUACGGGCGAUCUUGUAUCGCAUGACCCUGCUCCUCAGAUCUCUAGGGAAUUGGUUCAGUACACAGAGACUAGUAUAUUUGGCAUGUUCAAGAGUUUCCUGUCUGGCCCUGUCUUUGCGACGCUUGGGAAUCAUGACACGAGUCCUGCGAACAUUGAUUCCCCGCACAACCUGCCUGGUCGUCUGGGAGAGCAGCAGAGCUGGAACUAUGAGCAUCUGGCUGGACUGUGGCAGCAUGAAGGGUGGAUCGGUCGUGAGACCGCUGAUGAAGCCAGAACACACUAUGGUGGAUACUCCAUCAAGACACAUUAUGGACUGCGGAUCAUUUCAUUUAACACCGACUUAUGGUACCGGGAUAACUUCCUGAACUUCAUCAACACGACUGACCCCGAUAACUCUGGCAUAUUUUCCUGGAUGAUCGAUGAGCUGCAGGCAGCCGAGGAUGCCAAUGAGCGUGCCUGGAUAAUCGGCCAUGUCCUCAGUGGCUGGGACGGAACCAACCCACUCCCUAACCCGACCGAUCUAUUCUACCAGAUCGUGGAUCGCUACUCGCCUCACGUUAUAGCCAACAUCUUCUUCGGACAUACUCACGAGGACCAAUUCAUGGUGUACUAUGCCAAUAACGGGACUUUACAGGAUGCAGAUACUGCGCUCACUACCGGAUGGAUCACUCCGAGUGUCACACCUCUAACGAACCUCAAUAGUGGCUUCCGUCUGUACGAAGUCGACACGGGCGAUUUCAACAUCUACGAAGCAUACACGUUCUAUAGCAACGUGUCAGACUACCCGGCCCUCGAGCAUUCGGGUCCGACGUUUGAGAUUGAGUACUCCACUCGCGACGCAUAUGGACCUGCAGCUGGAUGGGACGAGGAUGCGCCUUUGAACGCGACGUUCUGGCACCGGGUUACCGAGGCAAUGGAGAGGGAUCCGGAGCUUGUCAGAUUGCAUAACACUUACCAGGGAAAGCGGAGUGUCAAGAGUCCCGAUUGCAAUACUGCUCAGUGUCAGGAGGCUAAGGUCUGCUAUAUGCGCAGUGGCAGUGUGGCAUUGGGUAGUCAAUGUCCCCCAGGAUAUGGAUCCGUGCAAAGGGCGUUUGAGGGGAAGUAG